UAACCAGCUUCCCCCAAAAAAUGUUUUCCUAGCUCUUAAAACUUGACACCUGUCCCCUCCCUGCCCGGUUCAUUUUAACCUUUCUACUUGCCAUCCUGCUGGCAGCUUUUAAACCCUGACCUGCUUUUCUGGCUGCUGAAAGUUCACUUCCGAAGUUGUGUCGUCUCACCCGCCUUCGUGGAGAAUUACCUCGUCUUUUGAUACCUUACAGAAGUUGUUCUGCCUCCAAGUUGACAGUCGCCAAUUUACUCUUUCACCUUUUUCCUCUUUGAUCUCAGGUUGAGCCUUGGAUUUUAUGAAACGUUCUUUGCUUCUACAGUCUCUCAAUAAAAUAUUCCCUGGUGCACUGCUCUCCCUUCGCCUUUUUUUUUAUGUUUGUUGCUGGUGGGUGCCUCUCUGAAACAGAAAACAGUAGCACUGGCAGUUUUAAAAUCCACCUGCUCGACAGAGAGCACUUCAGUCUCAAGUUUCUUCCAUUUCAUUCUCAGCUAUUUUUUCUUCUUCUGCCAUCCUUAUCCACUGCUUCAUUUCUUUCUUUCAGUAUAGUCUCCUUGUGUAAACUUGUAUUUUGCCUCCUUUUAAGCUCUUCUGCUUCCUUUCUUUCCUAUGUUUUUAAACCUUCAUAACUUUGCUCAUAGAUUUCCGAGUCAUUUCUCCACCUCAUCUCUUUAUGUUUGGACUACUGCAAUGUACAGAAAUUGCUAUUUUAGGAUAUACUUUUGAGUUGUACAGUUCAUGAUCUCUUUUGCUCUUAAGGGGUGAUGUAUAUUUUGGUGUCAUAGGGAAUAAUUAAAAAUACAAUUCAUUUGUUGGGGAAAUAUUUUCCUACUCCUUGCUGAUUGGACCAUACCCUGCACCAAGAACAUCCAAAGUUCCUGUUGAAAAGUUCAUUCUUACUCCAAUUUAAGAUGAUCUCAUUAAUUCCAAUAACCUGACCUUACUGAUAUUCUCUGGCAAUAUUAUGGGAAAUAGUUUCAGAUUACAAGUUUUUAUUUAUGGCUUUUAAGUUUUGUUUCUUUGUUGCUGCUAUUUACUUUAUUUGUGGGGGCCUAAUCGCACAGUUCCAGCCUUGUAAAGCUGGUUGGAUUGGGAAAUCCAAUAUUCCUAAUCAUUUUAUUGUUCCUUCACCUCUGUCUAACCUCCAGGUCUAAUUCUGCUGUUUCCUCUCAAAACUGGCACAGGCAAAAAUUCUUUGCAUUCUUCAGAGCCAGGUUCUGGGUGGUUUGUUCAGCCUUUACUGUUUGGUUGAUGGGACUACUGCUGGGUAUUUCUCCUGCAGAUUUUUGGAAAAAUAGUCUUACAGACAUUUGUUUGAAUCCAUCGUGUUGUGAAUGUGUAAGGAGAGAAUCUAGGAUACACAAAUCCAAGCAAGUUUCACUCCCCCGUAGCUGUUUGCCUGGGCACUUGUGUCACUAAAUUCAAAUUCAAUUUCUCUUUUGUGAGCAUGCUUGCUUUAAUUCAUGCCAGGGUUCCUAGGAUUGAUUUUAUUUUUUUUUUCCUGGUGAAUUUGAACAAUUAAAAAGUAAAGAAUGAGAACCUUCAUAUCUGGAAGGAUCUGCCACUGAGAUUUUCUGGAUCAGCCAGGAGCUGAGCUCUUUUUACCGCAGAAACAACCAGUUUUCUUCAUAUUGUGGAUUUCAGACAGUUUUCUGUCGGAAUUGGAAGGGCAGAAAAGUGACUCUGCUCCUGAGAGGCAUCGGUUGAGUGCUUUGCUGGUCCAACGUGUUUGCAGGGUAUCACCUCUCUUGUCAUCUGCUGUCAGAAUCCCACCAGCAAUCAGACUGCAAUAACAUGAAGGACUGUGCAGACAGCAUAAGCUUUCCUGGUAGCAUUUCGGAGUCAGAGUCCCUGCCCUACUGAUGCCCGGCUGUGAUUGUGACAGCAGAUUUAAAAAUUAGUGGGGUUAAUACCAAAAAAAUGACUGAUAAGGCCUCAGCUGGAGCUCUCUGUCUAGUUUUAGGCAACAGCCAUCAAAGAAAAACGCAUACAGAUCGUUGGCUGCCAGGGAAAAGGGGGAAAAUAAGCAGAGAUUUAGCAAACGUGACUGAAGGGAAGUUUAUUUAAUCUAAAAGAAAGGAAAAAGUAUUGAGUCAAGUCCUGAAGAAAACAGAAGGUGGUGGAAAAGACUAAGAUUAAGCUGUUCUUGUCUGCAGUAGAAAGGAUUAGAAAUAAUGAUUUUAAGUUGAAACAAUGAAGAUUGAGGUUAAACUUUAGAAAAGACAUUAUUUGGGUGUUUAGCUGUCCUGAGAUGUUACAGAGGGACACCUGGCCUCUGGAAGGAGUGAGUAGGGAAAGAAGGCUUGACCCCUUUAGGUCUUUGAAAGUCUUAAUUCUUAGAGUAAUAUGGCAAUAUUGUUUCCAUUGUUUUGUCCGUGGCUUUUCUAUUGGGUUGGCUUGUUUGGGAUUUUUUUUUUUUUUAAACCUCAUUUACCAUUUUAAAAUAAUAAAGCAGCCAAAAAAACCCAGCAUAUCUCUGAUAUUUUAGGAAAUUAUUAUCAUCUUCAUUGUACAUUUUAGGGAGAAGAUUAAAAACCCAGAUGUGAGAGGAUAUUCUGGGACCUGAUCCACGUUGAUAGUUUUAAAAGUUGAGCACCCACUACUUGUACAGAUUUAGCGUGUGAAAUGAUUUGCACAAAAUCCUGCACCAAAUCCCCAAGAGGGCUGGUAAUUCAACAAAUCUGCUCAUCCUCACUUCAAUUCUGUUGUCACAAAAGUCUGUAAUGGUGUUUCCUUCCUAGUUCCUUGGGGCAAGGAGAGAAAUUUCUGCUUUUAUUAACGCAGUGCACGUGUCGGCCUGAUGUUAUGUAUUAAAUAUCUUUUUCCCCAGACUUUGCUUCGACUUUGUGAUGGCUUCUCCUGAAAUUGCUUCCCUUUCUUGGGGUCAGAUGAAGGUGAAAGGUUGCUCGACAACGUAUAAGGAUUGCAAAGUGUGGCCGGGAGGAAGCCGAACCUGGGAUUGGAGAGAAACUGGGACUAAUCAUUCUCCAGGAGUGCAACCAGCUGACCUUGAAGAAGUUGUCAAGAAGGGUGUUGAAACUCUGGUGAUCGGUCGUGGCAUGAGCGAGGCUUUGCAGGUUCCACCGGCGACUGUGGAGUAUCUGAAGAAAAAGGGGAUUGAUGUGGUGGUUUUGCAGACGGAGAAGGCUGUGGCAGAGUACAAUGCCCUGGCUGCUGGGGGUGUCAAAGUGGGGGGAGUCUUCCAUUCCACCUGCUGAAGCCUUGGGGGCUCGUUCCGGCUUGUUCCGCCUUCCUCAGCCACAGCCAAAUCACGGACACACCUCUCCUCUGAGUCAAAUUACAGCCAACAGAGUGUGGACUUGUGUGCCAAGGCGUUUGAGCACUGACAAUCAUCUAAAAUGCAAGGACAGUUUAUUAGUUCAGGCUUUAAACAAACACAGUGCUCGUUUAAUGAAAUCUUUUUAAUUACAGAACCAUUUCCAUGCGUUCUUGAGAUUGACCUGAUCUUUCUCUAAAGACUGUCCGUAUUCUUUAUACUUAACUUUUCACCUGUUGGCUAAAUGGAGAUACAAGGUUUUGAAUGCUUUUAUUAGGAAAUAAAAGGUGGUUGAGGCACCAUCCCUGGAGGUGUUCAAAAGACGGGUUGAUGUAGUGCUGGGAGGUAUGGUUUAGUGAUGGUGAUGCUUCUUGUUUGUUGUGUGGGUGUCUGUUUUUGUCAGUUAGGUUGACGGCUGGACAACGUGAUCUUUAAGGUCCCUUCCAACCUAGAAGAUUCUGUGAUUCUGUGAAAUGGCUGGAAAUUACAUCAUUGGCUAUUGGAAUGCAGCCGUAAAAUACCUGAUGAGCACAAUCGCGUGGUAAAUAUAAAGUGGUGGCAAAGCAGCACUUUAGCAGCACUGUAUAAAUAAGUUAAAAAUAAAAUAAAUUUAAAAACGACCCCAGAA